CGGGCAAUUACUAUUUGCCGCCCGUAAAAAACACUAAAAGGACAAUUUUGCCCUCCAAAUAUUUCUUUAUAUUCUAUUCGCUGAAUGGUUUUUUAAACAACUUACACACUACCCGAGUCCCGACCACCAACCCCCCACAAACACCACAGCCACCGGACGGCAGCCAAACUCGCCGGUCACCGGACCAAUCUCGUCAGGAUAUCGCCGGGCACUGGACGGCAGCCGUACCCCGUCGUCGGACCAGCGAAGCAGGUGGACAUGGCUGACAAUGUUGAACUAAUUGGUGAUUACACAGACCAUUUUCUUAAUGGCGUCCGAUAUGCCAAUUUCGAAGAUGCUGUAACAGAGACCAAAAACAUCGCGAUGUCUCUUGGUUUCUUUCUAACUAAGGGAUCGAUGAAGCCACGUGACUUGGGCAACGAAAGAUCAUUGGGUAUCUGUUAUAUGUAUUGCGACAGAUGCAGUAGGGAGAGGAAGUCAUACAAGCCGGAUCCUUCCAAAGAGAGUCGUGGCAAUACAAGUUCAAAAGGAGCGGGAUGCAUGUUCAAGAUUAAAAUCAAAGAAAUACUGGUUAAUCCAGAUGCUCGUGAUGGACCUACAUUCUGGGAGAUACAAGGAGUCGCGGAGCAAGGAACCGGUUUAAGGCGAGGGUAUCACAGUCAUGAGAAAAUGCUUUAUCCCGAGGGCCACAGUCAAAUGAAUAAAUUGAGUCAGGAG